CUUCCGUGUGGAAAUGCAGCGUCUCUCGCUGGAACCUGCCACUUAGGUGCCUGAGUGUGCCUGGGGCUUGGCUGCCUGGCCUCUGACGCCCCUGCCCCUGCCCCACCCGUGCAGCAGAACCCUGGCCAUGGUGAACGAAGCCCGAGGGAGUAGUGGCCCCAGCCCCCACUUGGAGGGCAGCAGCAGUGGCAGUGAGAGCUCCAAGGACAGUUCAAGAUGUUCCACGCCGGGCCUGGACCCUGAGCGGCACGACAGGCUCCGGGAGAAGAUGAGGCGGAGGAUAGAAUCUGGAGACAAGUGGUUCUCCCUGGAAUUCUUCCCUCCCCGCACUGCUCAGGGAGCUGUCAAUCUCAUCUCAAGGUUUGACCGGAUGGGAGCUGGCGGCCCCCUGUUCAUUGAUGUGACCUGGCACCCUGCUGGGGACCCAGGCUCUGACAAGGAGACCUCCUCCAUGGUGAUUGCUAGCACUGCUGUGAACUACUGUGGCCUGGAAACCAUCUUGCACAUGACCUGCUGCCGUCAGAGCCGGGAGGAGAUCACAGGCCAUCUACACAGGGCCAAGAGGCUGGGACUGAAGAACAUCUUGGCAUUAAGGGGAGACCCCAUAGGUGAGCAGUGGGAAGAGGAGGAAGGAGGCUUCAGCUAUGCUACAGACCUGGUGAAGCAUAUCCGAAGUGAAUUUGGUGACUACUUUGACAUCUGUGUGGCAGGUUACCCCAAAGGCCACCCCGAAGCAGAGAGCUUCGAGGCUGACGUGAAGUACUUGAAGGAGAAGGUGUCUGCAGGAGCCGACUUCAUCAUCACCCAGCUUUUCUUUGAAGCUGACACGUUCUUCCAGUUUGUUAAGGCUUGCACCGAGAUAGGAAUUACCUGCCCUAUCCUCCCCGGAAUCUUUCCUAUUCAGGGCUACCACUCCCUUCGGCAGCUUGUGAAGCUGUCCAAGCUGGAGGUACCUCAGGAGAUCAAGGAUGUGAUUGAGCCCAUCAAAGACAAUGAUGCUGCCAUCCGCAACUAUGGCAUCGAGCUGGCUGUGCGCUUGUGCAAGGAGCUCCUGGCAAGUGGCUUGGUGCCAGGCCUCCACUUCUAUACUCUCAACCGUGAGGUGGCCAUCAUCGAGGUGCUGAAGCGCCUGGGCAUGUGGACUGAGGACCCCAGGCGCCCCCUGCCCUGGGCUAUCAGUGCCCACCCCAAGCGCCGAGAGGAAGAUGUGCGACCCAUCUUCUGGGCUUCCAGACCAAAGAGUUAUAUCUACCGCACCCAGGAGUGGGAUGAGUUCCCGAAUGGCCGCUGGGGCAAUUCCUCCUCUCCAGCCUUUGGGGAGCUGAAGGACUACUACCUUUUCUACCUGAAAAGCAAGUCCCCGAAGGAAGAGCUGCUCAAGAUGUGGGGGGAGGAGCUGACCAGUGAAGAAAGUGUCUUUGAAGUCUUUGCUCACUACCUCUCAGGAGAGCCAAACCAGAACGGCUGCAAAGUGACUUGUUUGCCCUGGAAUGAUGAGCCCUUGGCGGCUGAGACCAGCCUCAUGAAGGAGGAGCUACUGCGAGUGAACCGGCAGGGCAUCCUCACCAUCAACUCCCAGCCCAACAUCAAUGGGAAGCCAUCAUCUGACCCCAUUGUAGGCUGGGGCCCCAGCGGAGGCUAUGUCUUCCAGAAGGCCUAUUUAGAGUUCUUCACUUCCCGUGAGAUGGUGGAAGCGCUGCUGCAAGUGCUGAAGAGGUACGAGCUCCGGGUCAAUUACCACAUUGUCGAUGUGAAGGGUGAGAACAUCACUAAUGCCCCUGAGUUGCAGCCCAAUGCAGUCACGUGGGGCAUCUUCCCAGGGCGAGAGAUCAUCCAGCCCACGGUGGUGGACCCCAUCAGCUUCAUGUUCUGGAAGGAUGAGGCCUUCGCCCUGUGGAUUGAGCAGUGGGGCAAGCUGUAUGAGGAAGAGUCCCCAUCGCGCAUGAUCAUCCAGUAUGUCCAUGACAACUACUUCCUGGUCAACCUGGUGGACAAUGACUUUCCACUGGAAAACUGCCUAUGGCAGGUCAUGGAGGACACAUUUGAGCUGCUCAAUAGGCCCACUCCAGAAUGAGGACCAGAUAGCAGCUCUGUGACCUGGUGUUCCGACAUCUUUACCUGGGGCUGCUUGAGUCCCGCCUUCCUCUCCCUGCCCUCCGGUCUUGAUUCUCCUGAGAACCCUCCUCUCCCUCCUUUCUCUCUAAGCCCUGGCCUCCACUCCCACAUGAUGAUGGCAGCUAGACCAGUGUGAGGCUUCCAGGCACUGGCUGGACCCGAGUCAGCCCGUCAUGGAGCCUGGU